AUGGCGAAGCACAAGGCGUCGACGAGCCGCCUCAACAAGAUCGAGACGCGCAAAAAGGCGAAGCGCGAGAAGCGAAACCUCCGCGACCGCCGCCGCCGCGCGAUCUCCUUCGCAGUUGCCGCCGCGAAUCUCGGCGCGGAGACGCAGGGUCUGCUCGUGCCGUCGACGCAGCAGCGGCAGAAGCAGCAGCUGCCGCGAGCGGCGCCCGCGAAAGCCGGCCGGGAAGCUUCGAAGAAGCGGCGGAAGACGAAGCCGACGGGGCUGCAGAUCUACUGGCAUCUGGCCUCCGUGAGACGCGGGCCGCGAGAAACGGCGGCGGUGGCGCUGGUUUCGGAGUUAACGGCGGCGCAGAAGGCGUAUUUGCACGCGCAAGGCGGGGGGAAGAAGGGCGGGGGGAAUGUGAAAAACCCUGGCGGAAAUGGGUCGACGAAGGGUUCAGGGCUUAAGAAGGGUUCAGAAGAUGAGAGUUCGGAAGAAGAGGAAAACGAGCAGAGUGAAGAGGAGGAGAGUGAGGAGGAAGAGGAGGCGAGUGAGGAGGAGACAGAGGAGGAAGAAGAGAGUGGGGAAGAGGAGGAAGAAGAGAGUGGGGAAGAGGAGGAAGAAGAGGAGCAGGAGGAGGAGGAAGAGGAGGAGGGCGAAGAGACGAAGAGUAUUUUGAAGCUGGAGGGGUGUUGCGACGAGAUUAACUACGCCGUUAAGCGGCUGAUCAGAGGCCUUGAGUCCACUCCCUGCAUUCCCCGCACUUCCCGUGCUUCCCGCGCUUCCCGCGCUGGCCCCCAUCAGCUCCCCGCCAUCGCUGCUGCCCUUGACCAUCACCAGGGCGCAACGCAGGACUACUCGGUGGCCUUCUCCGCCUGUCUCCGCGCGCUGCCCUCUCACCACCCGCUAAACCCCAAAUCCUUCACCCAUACACCUCCUCCCCUUCACCAGGGCGCAAGGCAGGGCUACUCGGUGGCCUUCUCCGCCUGCCUUCCGCGCGCUGCCGUCGCUGCAUCCGCACGUGCCUGCCAUCACUCCUGUUUAACUCCUGUCCCCUCCCCCCUCCUCCGUUCCCCCCCCCAACCCCCCUGUCACACAGGGCGCAAGGCAGGGCUACUCGGUCGCCCACGCCGCCUGUCUGCGCGCUCUGCCAUCGCUGCACCCGUUAAACCCCGAACUUCAAUUCUACACCCGUACACCUCUUCCCCCCACCAGGGCGCAAGGCAGGGCUACUCGGUCGCCCUCGCCGCCUGUCUCCGCGCACUGCCCUCGCUGCACCCUCACCUUCCCGCCAUCGCGGCUGCUAUUCCGCUGCUCAUCCCUCUUCCCAACAAUGCACGGGGAAAGGACGCCUCUGAAGCGCUCUUUGGUCGCAUGUUCGCACUCGGUGCUCUCGUCCGAAGCGGCCUGCUCGCCUCGCCUUCCUCCCUGUCCUCUGGCACCGAAAAGCCAGCAGCAGCAGCAGCAGCAGCAGCAGGGGGAGGAGGGGUGGAGGCGGGGUGGUUGGUGGGGCGGGGAGGGUGGUUACCGGGGGAGGUGGUAUCUCAGCUGGUGAGGAUCGGCGAGCAACGGUCUUUCCUUGCCGAGCCUGCUACCGUGCUGCUGGUGACCCUCAUUUCGCAGCUGGUGAGGUUUGGAGAGCAAUGGUCUUUUCUCGCCGAGCCUGCUACCGUGCUGCUGGUGGCGCUCGUAUCGCAGCCUGCUGUCCUUUUCCCCAUCCCAUUCCCCCUAACCUACUCCCCCCUCUUCCUGUCCCCUUCCCGUCCCCUUCCCGUCCCCUUCCCGUCCCCUUCCCAUUCCCUUCAAAUCCCCUUCCCAUCCCCUUCCCAUCCCUUUCCCAUCCCCUUCUCAUCCACCUCCCAUCCCUUUCCCAUCCCCUUCCCUUCCCCUUCUCAUCCCCUUUCCAUCCCUUUCCCAUCCCUUUCCGAUCCCCUUCCCUUCCCCUUCCCUUCUUCUUCUCAUCCCCUUCCCAUCCCUUUCCUUCCCCUUCCCUUCCCCUCACCUUUUCCCCUCUGUGUGCCCAGCUCCCCUCCUCCUCCCUCCCGCGCAUCCUCGCCCUGCCACCCAUCACCGCCUUCCUCUCUCAAGACCCCUCCCACUCCUGGCCCUGCACCUUUCUCACCCGUUCCUUUACUUCCCCCUUUCCCGUUUCCUUGCCAAUCCCCUGUGUCUGCAUCGCAGCUUCCCCCCUCCUCCCUCCCGCGCAUCCUCGCUCUGCCACCCAUCUCCGCCUUUCUCUCUCAAGACCCCUCUGAUUCUUCCCCCGAGGCCCUGCACUUCGCGCUCAAGCUGUGGCAGCUGGGGGAAACGGGGAUAGGGGGAGGGGAGGGAGGAGAGGACGGAGGAGAGGAAGGAGAAAAAGGGGCAGGAAAAAAAUCGGGGAAAAAAGGGGGCAAAGGGCGGAAAAAUGCUGCUGGAGCAGGGGCGGAGACGGGCAGCGGAAACACAUUUCUGCGCACACUGCUGGGACUCUGCCCGCUGCUGCCGCAGUCGGGCCGGGCAGAAGAUUUUUUCAGCGCUGCCCAUCUGGAGAAGCUGCUGCCCGUGCUGCAAAAUAGCUCUUCCUCCCACCCACGCCUGCAUGCAGUGAGGUAUUUGGCUAUUAAUCUCCUGCUGCUCCUAAUCCCGCGCCUCCCUCCCACCACCACGGCCCAUGUCAUCCUCUCUCGACCAAUCACGCGCUGCCUAACGGACGCGCUGGGUGCGGGGAGCAGGGCGCACCUGUUCCCGCUGAGUCAGCGCUGCGUCGCGCUGAUUCAGCGAUGGCCCACACUGGGGGAUGGGGGGAAAAGGGAAGUGGGGGAAGGCGGAGAAGGGGAAGGGGAGGAGGGGGGUGACGGGGAAGCGGGGGGAGGAGGCAAGCAGGGGAAGGAAGGGAAGGAGGCGGAAGGGAAGGAGGGGAAAAUUAAGGCAACGAAACCAGCAUCACCAGCGGCAGCGGCAGCAGCAGAAAUGGAGUCAGCAGCAGCAAGGCUCGCUAUUCUCACCACCCUGCAGCACCACUCUAAAGGGCAGUUCGAUACAGUCACACGCAGCAACGCUGUCCGCCUGCUUGCAUCGGGGAUUGCAGGGGUUGAGGGGGAGAGGGUGUAUUACGGGUUUCUGCAGUCUGUGUUUGCCCGCCCCGGGGAGUCUCGGUUCUUAUCCUCGUUAGAAGCUCUUUUCAAGCAGCUGGACUAUUUCGUUAAGAGCCCUGAGGGAAGAGAGGUGGAGCGGGCACUGGGGGCCGGGAGAGAGGGGAGAGAGGGGGAGGGAGGGAAGGAAGGGAAGGGGACUGAAGGCGCUCCUGUAACGAGUGUGAGUGUGAAGGGUAUGAGUGUAAAAGGAGCAGGGUUGUGGGUGGUGGAGCAGCUAGUAUGGGAGGCAGAAGGGUGGAUGGAAGGGAGGAGGAAAGCAGGUGUUGAGAAUGGAAAGAUGGAGGUUGAUGGGAAGGGAGAGGAGGAGGAGGAGGAGGAGGAGGAGGAGGAGGAGGAGGAGGAGGAGGAGGAGGAGGAGGAGGAGGAGGAGGAGGAGGAGGAGGAGGAGGAGGAGGAGGAGGAGGAGGAAGGAGGCGAGGAUGUGGAAACUGUUGUGGGAGGGCUGAGAGAGACUCUCAAGGGCGUUACAUCGAGUCAAACACAGUUGACCGGAGGAAAAGCACUGCUGGACGCUCGGAGGAAGGCUGUUGGCGUGCUCCUAGGGACGCUCCUGCUGUGUAUUCGCAUCCAAACCUCCGCCGAAGCUGCCGCCGAAGCUGCCGCCGAGGCUGUUGCAGAGGCUGGUGCGGGUGGGGGAGUUCGGAAGGCAGAAGAGACUGAUGGGAGUGGGGACGAGGAUGAGGAGAAGGAGGAAGAGGAGGAGGAGGGUGCUGCCUCUCCUGCUCCUGCUGCUGCUGGUGCUGCCGCUGCUGCUGCUGCUGGUGGUGCUGUAGCUGGGGGUGGUGACGUGGAUGUUCUCCUGGAAGCUGCUGCUGACGUCACUGCCAUUGCACGCCAGCUGGCGGCGUCUGGUUGGUUGGUUCCGAAGGGAGGGAAGGCCAGCGCGAAUGGGAGUGUUGGAGGGAAGGGGAGAGGAGGAAAGAGGGUGGUAGACGGUGAGGAGGUGAGUGAGGAGAGUGAGGAGGAAGAAGAGGAGGAGGAGGAAAAUACAAAGGAUGUGAUGCUGUCGUUGGUGGAUGUAGUUUUGUCCUUACUGGCACAGGAAUCCUCUCUUCUGAGAGGGGCGGCGGAGGGUGUCUUUAGCGCCUUCUGCAAUGAUCUGACUGCCGAGGCGCUUGAGUCUAUAAUGGAGGUGGUUGUAACGAAUCCUAGGAGCAAGAAGAGAGAGGAGGUGCUGGAAGGGGAGGAAGAGGAGGAAGAGGAAGAGGAGGAAGAGGAGAGUGGAGAGGAAGGGUCGGAAGGGGAAGAAGGCAGUGAGAAGGAGGAAGAGGAGGAGGAGGAGGAAGACGAGGAGAACGAGGAGGACGCUGCGUUAAGAAAAGCUAUCAAGGAAGCGAACGAGAGCAGCAUCGGUAACGCCAACGGCAGCGGCAGCAUGAGCGACAGCGACAACGAGGAGUUGUUGGACGAUGCGGCCAUGUUCCGAAUCGACCAGCAUCUGGCCGACAUCGUUCGUCAGAAAGUGGAGGCGGAGACUCGCCGCAAACGCCGGCAGAGCAUCCUGCUAGGAGAGCACUUCCGCCUGCGCGCUCUGUCGCUGCUCGACACGUGGCUCGCACACGCUCCCAGUGCCUACUCCCACGCACACUCCCUCUCGUCAGAAGAGCCACGGUCGUUGGACGCUCGUAAGCCUCUUUCGUGCGAUCCGCUGGUGCUUGCGGUGGUGCCGCGGCUGCUGAAGGAGGCAGCGGGGAACUAUGCGGCCAAGGGCAGCUUGAAGGGCGGGAAGGGCGGGGGAGGCGGCGAGGGACGGGGGGGCACGGGGCAUGAUGCGGUGCUGGUGAGGGUUGAGCGGAUGCUGGAGAGGAGGGUGGUUGGGGCGGUGGUGGUUGUGGGGGGAGGUGGAGGGAAGGGCGGAGGAGGGAAAGGGGGGGGAAUGAAGGGAGGAGGAGGGAAGGGUGCUGCUGCUGCUGCUGGUCAGGACGAGGAGGGGGAGGAGGAGAUGAGGAGGAUAGCAAUAGAGAUGCAGCAGGAGCGGCAGCAGGAGCAGGAGGAUGAGGCAAUUCUGCUCGCCGCCCGUGCGGCCAUGCAGGAGUGUUUUGCAGAAGCCACCCGGCGAACCUCGAUCCGCCACCUGGCGCUCGUUGCGGGAGAUUGCGCCAUGUGGCUCUGCCACGUCAUCCAGGCGCGGCUCUUAGCCAAGUCCCAGCGGGAAGCAAAUUCCAAGCGUGAGCAGGAGAAAAACGCCAAACCUCAACAGCAGCAGCAGCAGCAGCAGCGGGGGAAGAAUCAGCAGGGGAAUGCAUUCAAGGCAUCUUUGAUCGACCCAGCUGUCCUAGACGCCUUUUCUUCCACCAUUUCCCGAAUCCUUGAUUCUCGAGAUUGCCCCCUCCCCUUGACCUUUAUCCGCGACACUCUCGCUCGCUUCCCCGGAAUGUUUUCCGCACUCAUUCCGUACUUUUUCAGAAAGUGUGGCUCGGGCAGGUCGGAGUUCGUCCGGGCAGCUGCGGUGAAACUCGUCACACCGUUCCUGAACCGUUUUCCUCUGCCCGAGGGGGCGGCGGAGGUGCUAUCCGGGCAGGUGGAAAAGGGGGUGGUGGGGAAACUGCUGAUUGAAACCCUAAAGCAUGAGUAUGGGAAGCUAGAGCGGUGGGAGUUGGGAUUGGAUUUCUGCUGUGCUCUGCUGCGGUCUGUAGGCCAUGCAGACGAAAUCUUAGCAGCAGCUGCUCAUAAGGCGGAUGGAAACGAGAGGCUCGAGAGUGAUGGCUUGGGCGUCCCGAAGCUCCUCCAGGCCUUGGAUGUUGAGGGGCUGAAGGCAGCUUCGGCCGAUCCUGCGUCGGUGCAACGGGUGAAGGGGAAGGGGAGGACGGGGCAGGUGAUUGCACAGUUGCAGCGGCUGGUGGCGGCUGUCGAGGCAGUGAGGGAGGGGAGGGCGGGGAGUUUGAGAGAGGGGGUGAAUGUGGUCUUGGGGCGUGUGAGGGGAGGGAAAGGGGCUGCGGGUGAGGAAGAGGGCGGGGAGGAGGAAGUGGAGGAGGGAGAGGGGAUGGAUGGGGAUAGAGGGAAGAGAGGGGGGAAGGGAGGGAAGAAGGGGAAGGGAGGGAAGGGUAAGCGGAAGCAGGUGGGGGAAGCAGAGGGGAAGGAGGUGAAGGAGGAGAGGGAGGAGGAUAGAGAGCAGCAGAGUGAGAAGGCGGAGGAGCAAGUGGGAGGGAAAAAGAAGCUGAAGGAGAAGAAAGGGGGGGAUCAGGAGGAGGGGAAGAAGAGAAAGAAGCAGAAGAAAAGCGCAGGUGAAGAGCAGUAA